AUGCUUUCGCGCGCAGCGCAACGUGCGGCAAAGGCCCCAAUUGCCCACUUUACCACUUCUGCCCGCUCUCUCGCAAAACCCAGUCGCUUUGUCCCUGCAGGUGCUGCUGCCCCCAAGACUGCAAAGCAAGCUCCCGCUGCAACUCCCCGUCAACCUCCUACCACUUCUGCCCGCCAAACGUCACCGGGCACUAGCAUUCCCAAGGACAAGACAUGGAAGCCCACAGAUAGCAUCAAGUUCGCUGCUCCUGCUGCCGCCGCUGCUGCUUCGCAAGCUCCCAAGCCCACCUCCGAGCCUGUCCGUCCCGCCGCCGAUGGUCCCGUAUCACCAGAUGGCUCUGCCAGCACAAGGGCCGCUCCCAGCGCAAACACCGAGCCCACAUCCCAGCCCGGUCCUUUCCCCAAGACCUCAUCCUCUGAGCAAGCUUCAGAAGCUAGUAACCCUGCUUUCUCGGGUCCCCAAUCCGCCGAGUCAAACACAACUCCCACAGAGCAACCUACCGAAUCGCAACCCUCAGGUCCUCUGCCUGACUUGCGCCAAGGCAUUCCCUCAACUUUCGAUUUCGAGUUCAUGAAGAAGGAGGCUAGUGCACAGAACCCUACUGAGCAAAAGGUUACUGGUGAAGAGAUUCCUGAGUCCAAUGCUGAAGCUACUGGUUCUGGUGGAAGACGUGGUGGUGAGGGAGAGGAUGAGCAAUACCGUCGCGAGGACUAUGAGACAUCAUUUGACAAGCGUCGCGCCAGAAUGGCCAACUACGGUUAUCUCUCGUUGUUGGCUUUCGCUGCUGCCGGUACCGCUUAUUUCACCAGACCCUACGGAGCCGACGAGACCCCUCAAGGUCUUGAGCCUGAGCACAUCACCGGAUGGGCACCGCAAAGCAUGUACGCUCGUGUCAAGAACCGCAUGAGCAGCCAAGCCGCCUACUACACCGAGCCUACCUUCGACAAGUUGCUUCCUGAAGUCCCCGAGUCUCAGCGUCCCCCUUUCACCCUCGUCCUCUCCCUGGAGGAUCUCCUCAUCCACAGCUCAUGGUCUCGCGAGCACGGCUGGCGUACUGCUAAGCGCCCCGGUGUCGACUACUUCCUCAAGUAUUUGAGUCAGUACUACGAGCUGGUUCUCUUCACCUCUGUACCUGUCGCCAUGGCCGAUCCCGUCAUCAAGAAGCUUGACCCCUUCCACAUCAUUCAGUGGCCCCUGUUCCGUGAAGCGACCAAGUACGAGAACGGCGAAUACGUCAAGGACUUGAACUACUUGAACCGUCCUCUUGACAAGGUCAUCAUGAUUGACACUAAGGCCGCACAUGUCAAGAACAACCCCAACAACGCCAUUGUCCUGCCCAAGUGGGAGGGUAAGCCUUCAGACCCUCACGCCAAGGACCUCGUCGCUUUGAUCCCCUUCCUCGAGUACGUCGCCACUAUGGGCGUUGAAGACACCCGCAAGGUCCUCGAAUCUUUCGCCGGCUCCGAUAUUCCCACCGAGUUCGCCGCCCGCGAAGGCAAGGCCCGCGAGGCUUUCCAAAAACAGCUCGCCGACGAGCAAUCACGCCGUCCCCAACGUUCCAUUGGUGGUCUCUUGAACAAGGCCCUCGGCAUCAAGGCACAACCCGGCGGUCUCUCGCUAGACAAUGAAACCACCGUCGCUGAGGGUCUUUCCCAAGGCAAGAUGCUCUCAGACCAGAUCCGCGAGCGCGGCCAACGCGAAUACCAACGCCUCGAAGCCGAGAUCCAAAAGAACGGCGAGAAGUGGCUCAAGGAGAUGGAAGAGGAAGAGAAGAAGUUCAUGGAGAACAUGUCCAAGGAUAUGAAGAAGAGUUGGUUCGGCUGGGGCUCAGCAUCAGGAGCCCCUGCCGCCAGCGAGACGGCAAAGAGACAGGAGUAG